AUACAGCAUAUCGAAUAUUAUUUUCGGAAACGCAUUCAUAAUUGUUUAUUCAUUCAUUACGAUUCCACUUUUAUUAUGUUGAAUUUUCUUUUUUUGCAAAGUGCGUAAUACAUGGUAGUUUUAAUAAUCGUAUGGAUUUGGUUUUGAUAAAUUAGUAAAUGCCCAAAAGGAAAUUAAUAUGACAGCUACAGAUGUAAAUCCUGCAGAUGAAGGGAAAAAAUGGUACGAAAUACUUGUUGUACUUACAGUCUCUCUUGCGGGCUUCAACAGUGCAUUAAUGUACUGCUGGCCAUCGCCAUUCUUAGUAAAAAUAGUCCACGACGAGAGCUACCACAUCACCGAAGAAGAAGCCUCCUACUUCACAGUAAUCAGCCAAGUCGGCAUUAUCCUGCUACCGCCUUUCAUAGCACCACUAGCCAAUCGCUUCGGCAGAAAAAAACUCAUACUCUACGUAGCCAUACCCUGCUCCAUCGUAUGGAUAAUCAAAGCCACCAGCAAGAACCUGUGGAUGCUCUACCUAGCAAGAACCCUAUCGGGUUUCUGCGACGCCGUCACCUUCUCCUGCGCCAUGGUCUUCAUCGGCGAAGUGGCCAGCCCGAAGGUCAGAGGCAUCUGGGGCAACUCGAUGAUGCUAUCAGGCUUCCUCGGCCAGUUCAUCAUCAACGUCCUGGGAGUGUAUUACAGCGUGCAAACCACCGCGUUCAUCUGUCUCGCCGCUCCCAUCAUCUUCUUCGUCGCCUUCUCGCUGGUGCCCGAGACUCCAUACUAUUACAUAGCCAAAGGAGAUGAUGAUAGAGCCGUGGCGAGCUUGCGCAGCUUGCGGCGCCGAGAUGACGUCGAAGAGGAGUACAAGGAGCUGCAGGUGGCCGUGCACAAUCAGCUGACCGGUACCGGUAGCUGGAAGGAGCUGGUGACGGUGAGGGUGAACAGGAGAGCUUUGGUGGCGGGCGUUUACGUUCGAUUGAGCCAGCUCUUUUCCGGUUUGUUCACGUUCGCUUCGUAUACUAUGUUGAUUUUCGACAAGACCGGUACGAAUAUCGAUCCGGAAUUGGCUACGAUCGUAUACACCGGCGUGAAUUUGGUGGUUUACACGUCUGUGGUGUAUUUCUCGAAUUUGUUGGGACGGAGGAAAUCGUUGAUACUAUCGAUGAUUUUGACUGGGGUGGUUCUACUAGCCGAAGCUGGGUACUUCUUGAUAGAUAAACUAUUUCCGGGAGUGAAUCUCGAGCGGUUUCAUUGGUUUCCUCUGGCCGGUAUGGUGGGUUUUAUAAUAUGCUCGGCGUUCGGGGUGGGAAUCAUUCCUUCGUUGAUGUUGGGCGAAUUGUUUCCGGUUAGCAGCAAAUCGAAGAGUCUGGCGAUCGUGACUAGCGUUUUCGGUUUAAUGAGCCUGGUGGUGAACAAUCUCUUUUACUAUCUGAACGUUUACGCGGGAUUGAGCGGGCCUUUUCUGUUGUUCAGUUUGGCCAAUUUCAUAUCUGCCGUAGUAACUUAUCGUAUAAUUCCCGAAACGAAAGAUAAAAGUUUAGAGCAAGUACAACAACAAUUAAGAAUGUAAUAUCUAGCUAAUAAAAAGUAGAUACCUAAACGAUUGCGUUGUGGAUAGUAUUUUUAGUCGAUGGAAAAUAACAUACAAUUAAUCGAACAUUCCUUUAAUCGGUUUAAAAUGCAGUUAAUUAAUUCAAUCAAUAAGUCUGUUUGCUUUCGAAAUUGCACGGGCCUAAGUUUUAAUUGAAUUUCAUCGAAGUUUCCUGAUCGUAAGCGUAAAAUUCUGCGCUUCCUGAACAAACCAGGUCAA